AGGUAGCUAAGAAAAGCAGAUCUCCUGUUUUGUCCUGUCCUCCUGUUUUAUCAUUCUUGAUACUGACCCUGCUCUGCUGUAGCCAUGACGACCAUGCUGCUGAGCGCACUAGGAGCACUGCUCUGCUCCUUGGUUGUCACCGCUGAGGUCAUGCCCCAAGGAGACUUCAAUCUACAGGGGGUGGCAGGAAAGUGGUACGUGAUUGGAUUUGCCACUAAUGCCCAGUGGUUCGUCAAACACAGGGCCGACAUGAAGAUGGGCACCACCAUGCUGACACCGACUGCUAACGGAGACCUGGAUAUUGCAUAUUCUAGCCGGAACGCUGAUGGCUCCUGCUGGAGAAUGAACCACCUGGCCAAGAAGACAAAACUUGCGGGGAAAUUCAUCUACAAGAGCGAGCGCUGGAGUAAUGAAAAUGACAUGCGUGUCGUUGACGUUAAGUAUGACGAGUAUGCUCUUAUUCACACCAAGACCAAGGGUGUUUCAGCUGUGCUCACCAACCUGUAUGCCCGUGGGACAGACCUGGGCCCUGACCUGCUGCAGAAGUUUAGGCAGUUCUCCCUGGACACUGGCAUUCUGCCCGAAAACAUCGCUAUCUUCCCAAAAACGGUACAUGCCAUCUCUGUUUGUGAAGUGUGUUGAAGUUGGACAAUAUUUCUGGAUAGAAGUGUGGAACGUCUCAGACUUAUUAUCAACUGCCUUUUCUUUUCGGCAGAUGAGUGUGCCGCUGCGUAACUUCAUCCAUCUUCUUCACUUUGCUCCCUUGAUCCUUCUGCAUGGCUUUGCUACUUGAUGGGUCGACCCAUGGCCACUGUGGCAACCAUGAAUCAUCUUCAGCUGCAGUGAACCAUCAGACCACACCGUAACAUGCAUCUGCAUUACCUACUGAAGCUCAGCGUAGCUGGUUAGGCAAUCUUGUAAACUUAGUUUUUCACUUCCCUGAUUGGUUCCAAUAAAAUACUGUCCUGUG